AUGGAAGCAGAAUCAUCUUCUCAAAAACCUCAGAUGCAAAUCACAGCAUCAAGAUUGUCAGUUUCUAGCUGUUCUUCAUUAUUAAUGGCCUUCCUUUUUGCUCUCUCUGCAUAUUUCCAAUUCAAUGACCCUGAUUGGUAUUUCUGGUUUCCCCUAUAUGCACUGGCUUGCCUUGUCAACAUAGUCAAUGGGUUCACAAAAAUAGCCAGAAUUGCACUCUGUAUGGGGACCAUCUUAUUCCUCAAAGUUGUCACUGAAGAUGUUCGUUUUCAUCAAGGAAUAUCUGGAAUUUGGUCAUUUGAUAUGAGGGAGAGAGUAGUGAGGGAAAAGAUUGGAAGUGGACUUGUUAUCCUCUCCAUGUCUUUACUAUUGCAAAAAGGAAACCCUAAUAAUACAAAACUUUCAAACCAUAUUGAAUUUGGACAGUCAAUCUUGGUUGCAAUAGGUUAUGGCCUCUCUUAUGCUUUCUUUUUGCUCUCAAAGCCAGAAAUGAAGUUUUAAUCUUACAACAGUUUAUAGUCUAGUGGUACCGGUACGAGUAUUUAAUAAGUUGGGUAUGAGUUUAAUUCUCCCUAUUCCCCCGAUGUAAUAUUUGUUUGAAAAAAAGAAA